AAGAGAGGGAUCAUGCAUCGUCCUUUUCCCUCCUCCUACUCCUCAUUCUGGGGUCUCUGUAGCGGUUUUGCUUCUGAGCAGAGCAUUGGAAGCUGUUCCUCUUUCUUCGGCAUGGUGGACUUUUAGAUCGGAAGCUAUCAGCAAAUCAGAUCUCUGCACUACCAAAUGUCCUGGUGGGAUGCAAGUCUUCGUGGAACUCCUGCUUUCCUCACAGCGCAGCUCGAUUCUCCUUGAAGUUCGAGGAAAAUCCAUGAAGAAUCUCUUCAUUCCUUUAGUCUCCAACGUUGUGGAUAUCUGGCUUGGUGUAUAAUGUGUGUUUCUCUGCAUCUGAAGAUUUGACUGUGUGUGAGUGUUCAUGGCAGUCAAUUAGAGUGUCUCUGUUUGUGACAGUUGGUAGAUUUGGAAGACUGAAGAUUUGGCUGUGUGAGAGUGUGAGUGUUGCUCUGUGUGAGAGUGAGAGUGUGUGUGUUGCUCUGUGUGAGAGUGAGAGUGUGUGUGUGUUGCUCUGUGUGCAGUGCAGUCCCACUCCCCUCAUUCCUGGUUCUUGACUGGAGGGUUUAGCGGACACUGGAGGGCAACGGAGACCCCCCACCUCCUCAUUGGUUCUCACUACCCUGAGAGGAGAGGAGGGAAGAGACAGAGAGAGAGACUGAGAGGUAGAGAGAGGGACAGAUAGAUAGGGAGAGGGACUGAGAGAAAGAGAGAGAGAGACUGAGAGGUAGGGAGAGGGACUGAGAGACAGAGAGAAAGACUGAGAGGUAGGGAGAGAGACAGAGGUAGGGAGAGAGACUGAGAGGUAGGGAGAGGGCCUGAGAGGUAGGUAGAACGAAGACAAAAAGGAAGCGUGUGAGAAACAACAAUAAGGAUAGCAGGAUAGCAGGAUAGACAGAGAGACAAAUGGAGACAUAAAAAGAGAGUGAGAGAGAGACAGAGAGAGAGAGAGAGAGAGAGAGAGAGAGAGAGAGAGAGAGAGACACAGAGAGAGAGAUACAGAGAGAGAGAGAGAGAGAGAUACAGAGAGAGAGAGAGAGAGAGACACACAGAAAGAGAGAGAAAGACAAAAAGAGAGAGAGAGAGAGACAGAGAGAGAGAGAGAGAGAUACAGAGAGAGAGAGAGACAGAGAGUGAGAGAGAGAGACACAACUCUCACACCUCUGCAUCCUCUCAUACACACACACAGUGAAAAGAAGACAAGGACACAUAGACUUAAUCUGUGUGGACCUCCUCUCACCCAUUCUGUCCUCCCCCUCAGUCUCCCACCUCUCUCACACACUCAGCAGUAUGAUUUUCUUCACAGCACCUUUUGACUGCUGUUAAUUGCAGCAACAAGAGACGAAGAGUGAAUCUGUGUUCUAAUCUCAAACAGUAAUUCAACCAAACUCAACACCAAGAAUGAAGAAAGAACAAAUGUGACGACAUCUCAGAAGAGUAAAAACAAUCCACUACAGAUCCUCUUCCAAACAGUGGACUGACUCAGAGAGCACCAUCGGACUGACUCAGAGAGCACAUCGGACUGACUCAGAGAGCACCAUUGGACUGACUCAGAGAGCACCAUUGGACUGACUCAGAGAGCACCAUUGGACUGACUCAGAGAGCACCAUUGGACUGACUCAGAGAGCACCAUCGGACUGACUCAGAAAGCACCAUUGGACUGACUCAGAAAGCACCAUCGGACUGACUCAGAGAGCACCAUUGGACUGACUCAGAGAGCACCAUCGGACUGACUCAGAGAGCACCAUUGGACUGACUCAGAGAGCACCAUCAGACUGACUCAGAGAGCACCAUCGGACUGACUCAGAGAGCACCUCCAGGGACUUUUAGACAAAACCGAGAAGUGCAGAACCACUAAAGCCCACGAGAGACAAAGAAACUAGAGACACAUACAGCCGACUGAAGACUGGAGCAAGACACUAGAGACACAUACAGCUGACUGAAGACUGGAGCAAGACACUAGAGACACAUACAGCCCCGUAAAGACUGGUGCAAGGCAGGGUAAUCAGCCCCAGUAGCCCACCACUACUACCACCAGUACAACCAACGCCAGUACAGCCACUGCCAUGCAGGUGUCGUUUGCAUGUUCUGACCAGGAUGGAGGAAGAGGAGGGCUGAGGCCCCCGGGGAAUGGAGGUCACAGCAAGCAGAACGCCACCAGCCCCAACACGGCCAGCCAGGCGCGGGCACGCUUCCGGACCGUGGCCCUCAUCGCCCGCAGCCUGGGCUCCUUGACCCACCGCUACCAGCACAACCUUAAGGAGUCCACCGCCAAACUCACUGGCAUGAAGUACCGGAACCUGGGAAAAUCAGGCUUGCGUGUAUCCUGUUUGGGCCUCGGUACUUGGGUAACGUUUGGAGGUCAGAUUUCAGAUGAGGUGGCUGAGCAGCUGAUGACCAUAGCAUAUGAGAAUGGGGUCAAUCUCUUCGACACAGCCGAAGUUUAUGCCGGGGGGAAAGCUGAGAUAAUCCUGGGGAACAUCAUCAAGAAAAAGUGCUGGAGGAGAUCCAGUCUGGUGAUCACCACCAAGCUCUACUGGGGUGGAAAAGCCGAAACCGAGAGAGGACUCAACAGGAAGCACAUCAUUGAAGGUCUGAGGAGCUCCCUACAGAGGAUGCAGCUGGAGUACGUGGAUGUUGUGUUUGCAAACCGGCCCGACAGCAACACUCCCAUGGAGGAGAUUGUGAGGGCGAUGACCCAUUUGAUCAACAAUGGCAUGUCCAUGUACUGGGGGACAUCACGAUGGUCUGCCAUGGAGAUUAUGGAAGCGUACUCUGUUGCGCGGCAGUUUAACCUCAUCCCUCCGGUGUGUGAGCAGGCUGAGUACCACUUCUUCCAGAGGGACAAGGUGGAGACACAGCUACCUGAGCUCUACCAUAAGAUAGGUGUGGGUGUGGUCUCCUGGUCACCUCUAGCCUGUGGAAUCAUCACUGGGAAGUAUGAGAAUGGCAUCCCAGAAUGCUCCAGGGCCUCCAUGAAGCCGUACGCCUGGUUAAAGGAUAAGAUAGUGAGCGAAGAAGGGAGGAAACAACAGGCCAAGCUGAAGGAGCUCACUACCAUCUCUGAAAAGCUGGGCUGCACUUUGCCACAAUUAGCUAUCGCCUGGUGUCUGAGAAAUGAAGGAGUGAGCUCAGUGCUGCUAGGAACAUCCAACCCCAUCCAGCUUGCAGAGAAUCUGAGGGCCAUGGAGGUCAUUCCAAAGAUGACAGCAGGCAUUGCCACAGAGAUUGACCACAUCUUGGGAAACCAACCCCACAGGAAGAAGGACUUCCAACAAGCACAUUAGGAUGGAGCCAUUCUUCAGAACUGUGACUAAUCUGGACCAGCUCUCAUCAGGGGCACCUCCAGUCAUUGUGUGUGUGUGUGUGUGUGUGUGUGUGUGUGUGUGUGUGUGUGUGUGUGUGUGUGUGUGUGUUCUACGCAGUUUCUCAUCCUGCCCCGCCCGAAUAAAGAUCAACCAGUAGUCAGUGUCGUUAACUGAGAGCUCUGCUUGACAAAGCAUGCAUGCCACACAGCUCAUCCACUCCACUUCAGUGCAGCUCAAACCUGCCGAACUAACCAGCCAUUAUCAAGAUAGACUAAGAUCACCUGAAUCAGUUGAGGCUGCUGAGGCGAGGACGGCUCAUAAUAAUGGCUGAAAUAGACUGUAAUGGAUAGAAUAGAAUUGUAUCAAACACAUGAAAACCAUGUUUUUGAUACCAUUCCAUUUACUCCAUUCCAGCCGUUUUUAUGAGCCGUUCUCCCCUCACCAGCCUCCACUGAAUCUGAUGUGCAAAUCCCUGAUGUGUACACCCAGCUGUCCCACAUUCUGUGUAGAAUCCUUUGUAGGCUAAAUGGGACAUUCAUGAGGACAAACUCUUGGACAGAGGACUGUGUUCCUGUCCUCAAAGUGAUGGACAAAUGAUCUGUCCAUGACGGUCAGUGCUGGCUGAGCCCCUCCUAUCCUACAACCUAAGUGCUUACCUAACCCUGCAUUGUUGUAGUGAUAAUUAACAUGACAGUCAGUGCUGGCUGAGCCCCUCCUAUCCUACAACCUAAGUGCUUACCUAACCCUGCAUUGUUGUAGUGAUAAUUAACUGUUUCGAUACAUGCUGACAUCUUGUGUUUUUUAAAACUUUUUUUCCCCCAUUAUGAUGUUACAAUACCAACAGGGUUGUGUUGGAUUGAAUAUUUCAAAACGACAUGUGUCAUGACUGUUAACUGAUUAUAUAUAUUUUUGUCAAUGAAAGCAGAAGAACACAGUAUUGUUAUGAUAGUACUUUCAUAGUAUCUCCCCAUUUCUCUCUAACAAUGCAUACUCUUCUGCUAACAGAUAUUGCAGGCAUGUACAUAGGUCUACCGUUGGUGUAAGCAGUAUUACUGGAUGCUAUCUAGUGCCCUCAUUGCACAUACCGAUAUAUUUUCAUUUUAUCCAAGUUAAACUGAUGUAUAUGAUGUAUAUUCUACCCUUUGUCAUUGCACCUGGGCUAAAACUGAAUACAAUGUCUGUUCAAAUGUAAAAUGGUAUAAUGAGAUUGUUAGAGGUUGAGAGUUCAGUAAAGACUCCUUAAUUGAUGUAGUUGUUGUUGUUCAUUUGUACAUACUGUAUAUAAAUAAAUAUCCAGUGUGAA